AUGAACUGUUAUAAAACUAAUUUACAAUAUCACAGUCCUUGCGACUCUGAUAACGAUUGGACAGAAUCCUCCGAUUCGAAAUGUACGGAUUCCGAAAGCUCGGUUCCAGAAUGGGACUCAGAUGUCGAAGAAGAUGGAGAACUAACGUUUAUUAAAGUUAAGGCAAAUAAUGUAGCUUCACAAGACGCGCAUACCGCCUUACUGGAAAAUUGUGAAUCAUUUAAAUUAAGAACCGAUUUCAAAAGAUCUUCAACUAGGCGAUCCACAAAAGGUAGAAUUUUUAAGGCGCUAAAAUCGAGAAAAGAGAGAAAUAAAAGUAAUAUAGUGAAGAAAAAAGAAUAUGAAGAAAAUAACAAAACUGUUAUUGUUCAAGUUAGUAAGAGUAUGAUAUUUACCAGCGAUAAUAACUGUCAAAUAGAAAAAUUAUUUGGUAUCAGCUUAGACACACAUACUGAUGGUAGAACAUUGAUUGUAGCUGACUUUCUACCUGAAGCCAAACCUAUCUAUACACCAAGGGUAAAAAUAGGAUACCACCUGCAAAAAAUCAAUGGAAUAGAAGUUUAUUCAUACAACAUUAACAACAUUCUGCAACGGAUUAGUGAAGAUGUUGAUAGUCAAGUCAAGUUAAUGUUUCAAGAUGUAUCAGAACAGUUAAAUGUUGAUAUAGAGAAAUUACUGUUAAAAACUUCCCCAGAUAAUUUAGUAACACAACUGCUUAAGGAUUCUAUGUGUUCCACCCUCUAUAUUUGCUGUAAUGACAUGGAAUACCAGAGUAACGAUGAUAAAGGAGUUUUAUACUGUUAUCCGAGACCAUUUAAUCAAAAUUUCCUAUACAACACAAGAGGAGCAUAUGUCACAUUAAACCAUUUAGCACCCGAAUCGUUGAGAACAAGUAAACCGCUUGUAUCAAGUCUUGUACAUAAUUCUGCCCUCAUUAAUGUUGCUUAUGCCACGCAGAACAAUGAUUUAUUUCUAUUUGCCGUCCCCAAUUCAAGAGUUGAUGUACUGUCUCUGCAAAUUAUCAUCACAGAUAUUGUACAGAUGAUAGAAUUUCUCUAUGGUUCAUUAAAAGCAUGUUUUACAAAGGCAACUAAUGUUGAUAAGCUGGAUGGAUUGUUUAGUCGUGUUUUUGUGAGUUUGUUGUUCGGGAAACAGAAACCAGAUAGGGUAGACUUUCAAGAUGUGGUUGGUGUGCAUGCGGUCUGCUUGCCUCUGGAAGUGAGGAUACAAGUGGAUGAUGCUAUAACAGAAUUGGAGGCUGCUGAUUAUAGAGAGUGGACUGAUGAAGUGGAAAAUUUUCAAAGAAUGUACACAGUUAUUGGUGCCUGCUUGUACUACUCUGGACAUCUUCUAAGCUCACAUUUGCAAGACAGUGAUUUAAAAGAAAUGCAUGCAUAUCUCAAACUAAAUGGUAUACUUCAAUUCAGUGUUCAAAAGGAUAUUGAGAAGUUAGUUAUGUGGCGAGAAGUGUUUACGAACGAAUAUAGAAAUAGAAAUAAGUGCGAACAUGACUAUAGGAUACCUGAUGGGCGGUGGUUUAUUCUGGUUGUUGGAAGGGGACAUUUUAUAUUAGCGACUCUGAUGGAGGCUGGGGGUUGUACGGAAGAUGCCGUAGGCAUAACUCCACCAUCACCGUUCUACGUAGAAGAGUGCGAGAGUUGUGUCGAACUUCUGUUUGACGUGGGCUUAGAUAGAUAUUUGGCUUCUUGGCUUAAAUCCAACUCUCAACCACAGCUCCAGUUAUCUCCAGAAAUAUUGACUAAGCAGGGACGGAAGAAGGAAAAUAUCUCGCUAAAAUCGGACAUAAUAAGAUCGGCAACAUUGAAACUGUCAAAAUCACAACUCGAUAUCAAACGAAGACACAAUUCAUCCGAACAAAUCAACACUGGCUUCGAGAAUACAAUGCAAAUGGCACACAGUACAAGUCAUCAUAAUCUGUAUUCUCAGUGGCAUAACAAAUACAGACAUUCAAGUGUGGAUGUUAGCUAUUCAGAGGACUCUGGUAGUGUUAAAAGUACUAGUGAAAUAAGUGAAGAUCGUGUGAUUGGUAGACGCGCUGACAGAGAACAGAAGUGUCGAAGAGAGUCAUCUGGUUCGGACUCAGACUGGGAUAAACAGGAUGGCCGAUCGAGUAAUGUUGACGUUUCCGAUAUAAGAAAAUCUUUGCUUGGUGAAUUGGAUAAUGUUAAGAUUCAAAGAAUAACUGCUGGCGACGAGAACGUGCUAUUUCAUUUUGUGAAUCUCGAGUCUGAAAGAGGAAUUUUACUAGCGCCGGUCGCAACCAUAGAUAAUGAAUCUAGUAGCGCCAUCUAUAAAUAUAUUAUUUCCACAUUUCGCACGACAUGCAAAAGAAUCCACGAAUUAUUACAGCACGGCAUAAAAUUCAAAAAGAAUCAUACACCCUCAAAUCCUCUUAACAAGAUGCUAGUUGGAGUAAAAGAGUAUGGAAUGCUAUUCGAAGUACCACAGGAUCUGUUAGCAGAGUCUGGUCUUCACAAGAAGAAUGAAUCUUUCUCUUUCUGGGUUGUUGGACGCGUGAUCAGCGAGCCCGCAGCGCGCGAGUUGUAUGUGUGCUACCACGAUUCAGUGCCGCAAGAUCUCACUGAAAUAGCGUAUAUGCUUUCCUAUUUGGGAUAA